CAAUCAAUUUAACAUAAAACAAUUAUUCAAAUUUAAUAUUUUAUUAUUUAAAAAUCCAAAUUGAAAAACUGACCCUAAAUUUUGGGGAACUGAUGAGGUCAAUACUCCAAAGUUUCCUACCGCUCAAAAGUUGAUUUCACGUGUAAAACGAUGAGGAACCCUUCACUUCCCUUCCCAUUCGGCCCACACUCCCCAACGCGGAUAACCUCACCGACCCACCCACCCACCAUCUGCACCCAAGCUUACAAAAAUUUCUCCGUUCCUUUUUCCCAAUUCUCCCACCUCCAUAUGUUCACGUUUGCCCCACUCUUGCAACAACAACUCGCUCUAAGCCGCGCCCACUUUUGGGUAAAGCAAUUGCAGAAGUUUCAAUAAAGCUUGAUCCGUUCUGUCAUGGAGUCUUUAGUGGAGGCGACUUCCGGUGCGGUCGGGGCACUGGUCAGCACCACAAUUUUGUAUCCGCUUGAUACCUGCAAGACUAAGUACCAAGCCGAGAAUCGAGACCACCAUCAUAAAAAAUACAGGAAUAUCUCAGAUGUGCUUUGGGAAGCAAUAUCGACACGUCAAGUGCUCUCAUUGUACCAGGGAUUAGGAACGAAAAACUUUCAGUCUUUCAUCUCCCAGUUCAUCUAUUUCUAUGGAUACAGCUUCUUUAAGAGGCUUUACUUGAAGGAAAGUGGAUAUAAAUCUAUCGGUACUAAAGCGAAUCUGAUCAUAGCUGCCGCCGCUGGUGCGUGCACAGUCAUUGUGACUCAGCCUCUUGAUACAGCAUCUUCAAAGAUGCAAACAAGUGAUUUCGGGAAAUCUAAAGGACUUUGGAAAUCGCUUUCAGAGAGCUCCUGGAGUGAGUCAUUCGAUGGUCUGGGCAUCUCUCUUCUUCUUACAUCAAAUCCUUCCAUUCAGUAUACGGCAUUCGAUCAGUUAAAACAGAGGCUAUUGAAAGCAAAGAAGAGGAAAAAGAGAGACGACGACAUAGCAUCUUCAGAAGCCCUUUCUGCAUUUUCUGCUUUUGUGUUGGGCGCAGUCUCGAAAUGUAUUGCCACGUGCAUAACAUACCCGGCUAUAAGGUGUAAAGUGAUGAUUCAAUCAGCUGAAUCUGAUGAAAGCAAUGACGACCAACUCCAAAAAAAAUCCCGUAAAACUGUGUCUGGGGCACUCUAUUCAAUUUGGGAAAGGGAAGGGCUGCUCGGCUUCUUCAAAGGUCUACAAGCCCAAAUCCUGAAGACUGUCCUAAGCUCGGCCCUUCUUUUAAUGAUAAAAGAAAAAAUCACAAAGACCACUUGGGUCCUAAUGCUUGCACUCAGAAGAUUUGUGCUUGUGACAAGAGCAAGACUAAUCGGCCCUUGAAAAUUCCCGGCUCAUGUUCAAGCCUCUCAGUAAAAUGCAAUAAAGGAGAUAAUGCUCCAUUUUGCAUCGAGAAGGAUUCUACCCGAAUAUGAUCUACACCACAAGAAUCGCGAUGAAUAAGGUUAGCACUUAGCAACUUAACUUGUAUUUGGUUCUUGGAUUGUGAUCGUUACGAUGAAAGCCGAUAUUUGUGUCUUAAUUUAGUAAAGAGUAAUCCUAGGUUUGAUUUACUUGUGCAUCGGGUAGUAUCAAUGCGUUGUAGCUUUAAAAUAAUUCGUCACCUAGGUUUCAUUCGGGGAAAGAACAGGUUGUUGUGCAAUAUGUGGUACUAUUAUUUUUAGUGUUUCUCCUCUCCGAGAUUUUGAUUUGAGCCAUUAGAGCAUCAGCCUCAAAGUCUUGACGAGUGCUGUUUCUUUGUCUUUUUUAGGAUUGAAAUUUCGAAUUAAAUCUAUCCCUAAAUAGCUUGUAUCA